UGAAUAAUAUAUAUUCUGCGUUUCACCGAAGACUGUACACAAUUUGCGCAACUCUGCUAUCUUCAAGUCUAAUUUAUAAUACUUGAUGCUUUGCGUUUGAUGUGCGUGCGUAUCAUGAACACUUUUCAAAAUGUGUUGUUGACAAAGGAUCGAGCAAUAGUUUUAUAUUAUUUGAUUAAUCAUGAAAAGAGUAAAAGUCAAGUCAAAGAAACCUAAUCCAUUGUUCGAACGUUGGUUGGAAGAAUGGAGGAAAGAAGCGGCGUCCAGAAAUUCCGAUUUGCAACACCAUUUUUCAAAAGCGCUUUCUUCUUUAAGAAAAUAUCCUUUACCAUUAAAAUCCGGAAAAGAUUGUAUAAUACUGCAACAUUUUGGUAAAAAAAUAUGCUUGAUGUUAGAUAGAAAGCUCAAAGAGUAUAAUGCUCAAAAUAAAGGUUCAGAUUUUGUUUGUACACACUGUGAUUUUAAUGAACAUGCAUCUCCAAAAAAAUGCAAAUUGCAAGAAGUGGAUACUAAUGACUUGCAUGAAAGGACAGAACUGGCAUUAUUUGAUAAGUUGAACUUAUUAGCAUGGGAUGUAGAAAAGUAUGCUGCUUUAUUGACUUUGUAUAGACAGUCACAAGAUCCGUUUUAUAUAGGUUUUAUUAAUGAGGUAGAUUUAUUAUUUGAAAUGAUAAAUUUGUGUAAUCGUGCAUCAAAGGAUUCAGUCUUUCAUUUAGUUGACAAUGGUUUAAUAUCGAUGAUAGAUGAUCCAAUCAGAUAUAAUCUCACAGAGCAUGGCAUAAAUGUUGCCAAAAAGAUGUGCAAAGUUGCUGCCAUCGAUGUGAAAUUAGUGAAGUCUUCUAAAGUCUUAAAUCAAGUUCAGUCAUCAUUAAAAUCACUUAUUAGCAAGAAAGCUACCAGCAUAGUAAUAUCUGAUGAAUGUUCCACAAAUGUCCAGAAUGAUUCACCUUCAAAACUCUAUAAAUCCAAGUCUGCAGAAUUUCUUACCAGCCAGAAGCAAUCUGAUAAUUUCUUGUCCCAACAAAUAUCUAAAAAGGGGAAUAUUCAUACUGAAAAAGCAAAAAAAAGAAGAAAUGUAAAUAAUUGUGAAUUAAAUGAAGCAAUAGACACUCAAGAAACUUGUGGCGUUAAAACAAAACCUCAGCAUGAUGCUACAAUAGCAGAGCUGACAGAACUUGGUGUAUUAUUUGAGGUACGCCAUUUAAAGGUUGGUGAUUUCACAUGGAUUGCCAGAUGUAGAAUUACAAAUGAUGAACUGAUUUUACCUUAUAUAGUAGAAAGAAAACGAAUAGAUGAUUUGAGUGCAAGUAUUACAGACGGACGAUUUCACGAACAAAAGUUCAGAUUGAAGCAGUCUGGAAUUACUAAUCUCAUGUAUAUAAUUGAGGAAUAUAAAAAGGAUCAAAGAUUAACAAUACCAUAUGCAUCAUUGAUGCAAGCUUCUAUUAAUACUUUGAUACAAGAUGGUUUUUUAGUUAAGUACACAAAAAAUCACCAGGACUCCAUGUUCUAUCUAUCAUCAUUAACUAAGAUUCUCAUAAAAACUUUUAAGGAAAAGAAUUUGAUAGGCUGUAAAAAAGAAGAUGUUACAGAUUCAGAUAUUUCAAGUGACACUUGUAAUCUGAUGGAGUUUAAAGAAUUUAAUAAAGCAGCAUCCAAACAAAAGGUAUUUAAAGUAAACCAAAUGUUCGUUCGGCACCUAUUGCAAUUGAAAGGUAUGUCUGUAGAUAAAGCUUCAGCAAUUGUGGAACGUUAUCCAACUCCACGAAAGUUAAUAGAUGCAUACCAAAUGUCUGAUUGCAAUGCAGAACUGUUAUUAGCAAAUAUUGAGUACGGAAAUAAGAAAUCUCUUAUUGGACCAACAAUUAACGUCAAACAACCCACUAGCAUGGUGAACAACAAGCAUAUACAAGGAAUCUACGGUGACGACUAUUAAUACACACACGAUAGACGUCCAAGUCAUAUGGAAAUAAACAAUGAAAAAGUGAUCCUCAACAUCCAUGACUAU